UAUGGUUAGAAUUACCUUCGUUCAAACCAAAACAUUAUUUUCAUUAGUUUGAUACAUAGGUAGGUCUAUGAUCCCGGGUUAAGUCUUUCUCUCAAAUCGAUGAGUAACUAUCAGUAUUCUUAUUCUAUUAUCCUUGUAUGCGGAAUGAUAAAAAAAAUAUUCCAUCUUUAUUUUUAACUGAUUGGUCACCAUUGAAUUGAUUAGUACAGAGAGUAAGAGUAUCGCCGAAAUUUCGCCCAGCAGCCUUUCCUACUGCUCAAGUCUUUAUAAGUCCUUAAAUGCUUAGCCUGGUCAUAUUGAUUGGAAACUGGGAAUUGUUGCACAUUCUUGUGUCAUUUGCAUUCACAUUUAACAUACAGCUCAUGCUAUUUCAAUACCCAACUAAAGUUAACGAAGGCCAACCUUCUGCUGGUUCAAAUCUCAAUCUUCUUGAAUUUCAACAUAUGGGAACCCAUUUUUGCUUUAUUUUAUUGUCUCUGAUGAUUAUAUCGCCUUCUUUUUUGUCUUCUGCAUCCUAUUCUGUUUUAAGAGGAGGUUCAUAUCUUGCUGUGGAGAAUCCACAAGAUGUUUUGAUUUCACCAAGUAGAGUUUUCUCUGCCGGCUUUUACCCUGUUGGCGAAAAUGCUUACGGCUUUGCUAUAUGGUUCAGCAAACCAUCUUGCAGUGACAAUUGCACUGUUGUUUGGAUGGCAAACCGCGAUUUUCCAGUUAAUGGCAAACAAUCAAAGCUCUUGCUAUUAGAAACUGGAAAUCUUAUCUUAACAGAUGCUGGUAAGUCCAAUGCUUGGUCUAGCGAGACUGUUUCCGUAUCCCCAGCAGAGUUACACCUACAAAAUACUGGUAAUCUUGUUAUAAAGAAUAUGGAAGGCGAUAUCAUAUGGCAAAGCUUUGACUCACCUACAGAUACCCUUCUUCCUCUGCAACCAUUCACCAGAAAUGUCCAACUUGUCUCUUCAAGAAGCCGCAACAAUGUCUCUACUGGUUUCUACAAGCUAAUUUUCGCUGAUAAUAAUCUUAUUCGUCUUCUCUACGAUGGUCCAGAUGUUUCUAGUGCUUAUUGGCCAGAUCCAUGGCUUCGUGAUUGGGAAGGUGGGAGGUCCCCGUACAAUAGCAGUAGAAUUGCCUCAUUUGAUUUGUUUGGCAAAUUUACAUCAUCUGAUCAUUUAACUUUUCUGUCGGUGGAUUAUGGAAUGAGACUCCAACGGAGGCUGACACUUGAUUCUGAUGGAAAUGCUCGACUGUACAGCCGAGAAGAGGGUAGCACGACUUGGGUUGUUUCAUGGCAAGCAAAAUCUCAACUAUGCGAGAUUCAUGGAAUUUGCGGUCCUAACAGUACAUGCAGUUAUGAUCCAGCUUCUGGUAGCCAAUGCUCUUGUCUUCCAGGAUAUAAGAUAAAAAAUAAUCUUGACUGGUCUUACGGCUGUAAACCGGAAUUCAAUCUCUUGUGUGGAAGUGAUACGGAGGCUGGUUUCGUUCAACUCAAACACGUUGAAUUUUAUGGCAAUGAUGAUGGCUUCUAUCCCAAUGUCAGCUUGGAGAUGUGCAUGAAAGUUUGUUCACAAUCAUGCGGUUGCAAAGGGUUCCAGUACAGGUAUGUUGGGGAUACUCCAGUUCCUCAUUGUUACCCUAAGAUAUCAUUGAUAAAUGGGCAAUACAACCCCAGUUUUGGUGGCGACUUCUACGUGAAAGUUUCCAACACCAGUUUAUUCUUGAACAAGGAAACAGUUUCAUCAGGAUUAGUGUUUGAUUGCUCUAGUGAACUACUUGCACCUCUGGAAAGAACUUACCCAAAAAGCAGUGAAAACAAGACCUUGAAUUUCAUGCUUUGGGUCACCUGCGGAUUAGGAGGAAUCGAGAUGAUUAGCAUCUUUCUUAUCUGGUGUUUCUUACUUAAGUCUCAAAAGGACUCAUAUGAGGAUACACAAAGCUACCAUCCUGCAGCAACUGUAUUUAAAAGAUUCACGUAUUCUGAGCUUAAAAAAGCAACCAGAAAUUUCGGCAAGGAAAUUGGAAGGGGAGCAGGAGGAAUCGUAUACAAGGGUAACCUACCUGAUAAUCGAGUUGUAGCAAUCAAACGACUUCUUAGUAUAGCUAACCAAGCAGAAGCUGAAUUUCUAGCAGAAGUCAGCACCAUUGGGAAAAUUAAUCACGGAAACUUGGUACAAAUAUUGGGUUAUUGUGCAGAAGGGGAACACAUGCUUUUGGUAUACGAGUACAUGGAGCAUGGUUCCCUGACAGAAAAUCUCUCUUCAAACGCACUUGAUUGGCGAAAGCGGUUCGACAUCGCCCUAGGAACUGCAAGAGGACUUGCUUAUCUACAUGAAGAGUGCUUGGAGUGGGUUUUACAUUGUGAUGUGAAGCCACAAAAUAUACUGCUGGACUCAACUUACCAGCCAAAGGUAUCAGAUUUUGGGUUAUCCAAACUGCUAAGCAGAGCUGACCAAAAUGAUAAAAGCUUCUCAAAGAUAAGAGGAACAAGAGGUUAUAUGGCUCCUGAGUGGGUUUUUAAUCUGCCAGUCACAUCCAAAGUAGAUGUUUACAGCUAUGGGAUUGUUGUGUUGGAGAUGGUGACAGGAAUGAGCCCAACCAUUGGAAAUCAAAGUAAAAGUGGGGAGACAGAGCACAAAGGACUGGUCAAAGUGGUCAGGGACAAGAAAAAUGGGGCUAAUGGAAUGACGCCAUGGAUUGAAGAGAUUGUAGACCCAAGGUUAGAAGGAAAAUUUGAACAUGCUAAGAUGGAAAAACUGGUGACAUUAGCCCUGCAAUGCGUUGAGGAUGACAAAGAUAACAGACCCACCAUGGGUAGAGUGGUCGAGAUGCUUGAGCACCUUAAAAAUUAUGAUUAGCAUAAUCAUUAUAUGUUGUGCAUUCACUAUUUGCUCCAGAAAUGUAUUAUUUUUUUUUUUUUUUGGCUA